AUCAAAUCCCAGCAGAGCGAAGUAACCAGAAUCCUCGAUGGGAAAAACAUCAAGUAUGAGCUGGUUGAUAUCUCCCAGGACAACGCUCUGCGGGAGGAGAUGAGGGCGAAGGCGGGCAACCCCAAAGCCAUCCCACCCCAGAUCGUCAACGGGGACCACUACUGCGGGGAUUACGAGCUCUUUGUGGAAGCUGUGGAGCAAAACACCCUGCAGGAGUUCCUGAAGCUGGCCUGAGUCCCAGCACUCCUCCCAUCCUGGACUUUACCUGCAUUCCUGAGCACCCUCAUCUCUGACCACCUUCACUUCUGGGUUGUCAGCGCUAUCCUGGCACCGCAACCUGUAUCCCAGCACAAGGGAAACCCAUGACCAAAACUACUCAUUGCAGCUGCCUAUGAUUCCCUCCGGCCUAACCCUGAUAUCAUCUCAAGAGGGAUCCAAAGAAAGUGACGCUCGCUGCGCAUGGCCUUAGAGCAGAGCUGGGCCUGGCUCACACCGCAGCUUCCAGUGCCUCUGUAAACAGCAAAGCCUCUGGGGCUGCGUGAAGUGCAGCCGCCCGUCAGCCCUCUCCUCUGUGGGGAGAGCUUCUGCUCCAGGAGGGAAGGGCUUAGGGCUGCGUGUUACUUCUUGCUUCUCCCAGUUGCUGUUAAAAUUGUAAAUCUUGCUGCCUCACUUCCUUUUU